AUGGAGCCACGAGGGAUUGUCAAAGCCUUUCCCAAGAGGAAGAAGGUGAGGGAUGACUCAGAGAAACGCGUCCCUCCAAAGAUCCCGAAAGAGGAAGGAACAGAAAUACCUGAGGCAGAGUGGCUGAAACCGGUCACCACCUACGUGUUGCAAGCUGGCAUCGGCCAAGCCAGGGUGGAGAUCUUCCACAAGCAGAUUGUCCAGAAUGGGGGUGUUGUACACAACCAGCUCUCCUCGGAGGUGACGCACGUCAUUGUGGCUGAAGACAUGGACUGUGAUCGGGCCUUUCGGCUCCUUAAAUUAACCAAGCUACCUUCAGGGCUGCAGCUAGUGAAGGCAUCCUGGCUAAGUGCUUGCAUUAGAGACCAGAAGCUGCUGAGUACCACAGGCUACGGUGUCUUUAUCCCUCGCAGGUACCUGGAGGAGGGAGAACAGCAGAAGGAGCAGCAGCAGGUCCUCGGCAGUGAAGAGACCCAGCCCCCAGCCGGGGAGGGAGCCGUGAAGUCAAAUGCUGUCGCCCAGGUGGGCGAUUCCUCGCAGCGAGGCCUGGGCACCCUUGGACAGCAGCAGCUGGCAGAGAAAGACUCUGAUGAUGAAGACAGUGAAGGAGAAGAUGCUAGUGUCACCCAGGGAGACCUGGAAGCGUUGAUUUCUGGCCGCUACCCUGUGAAAUCAUCAGAGGAAACCAGUGACAGCUCUUCCACAGUGGCCCAGCCUGCCAGCAAAUGGGUUUGUGCCCAGUCCUCCAACAGCAAGAAGGAGAACCACAACCAAGGCAUCACAGAGAAGCUGGAAGUGCUGGCAAAGGCCUACUCUGUCCAGGGGGACAAGUGGAGAACUCUGGGCUACACCAAAGCCAUCAAUGCGCUCAAGAGCUACCACAAACCGGUCACCUCCUACCAGGAAGCCUGUAAAAUCCCUGGGAUUGGGAAGCGGAUGGCAGAGAAGAUCCUGGAGAUCUUGGAGAGUGGGCACCUGCGCAAGCUGGAUCACAUCAGUGAGAGUGUGCCUGUGCUGGAGUUGUUUUCCAACAUCUGGGGAGCAGGGGUCAAGACAGCUCAGAUGUGGUACCAGCAGGGUUUCCGGACACUGGAUGAUAUCCACAGCAAGGCGACUCUCACCAGCCAGCAAGCUGUGGGGCUGAAGCACUACGCGGAUUUCCUGGAGCGCAUGCCUCGGGAGGAAGCUGCGGAAAUAGAAGAGACCGUCAGACAAGCUGCCCUGGCCCUGAAGCCUGGGCUCGUGUGUGUGGCAUGUGGCUCCUACCGCCGGGGGAAGCCGACGUGUGGAGACGUGGAUGUGCUGGUCACCCACCCGGACGGGCAGUCUCACCGUGGGGUGUUCAGCAAGCUGCUUGACAGCCUCCGCAGGAGCGGCUUCCUUACGGAUGACCUGGUGAGCCAGGAGGACAACGGCGAUCAGAAGAAGUACCUGGGGGUGUGCCGCCUCCCCGGGCCAGCCCAGCGUCACCGCCGGCUUGACAUCAUCGUGGUGCCUUACAGUGAGUUUGCCUGCGCUCUGCUCUACUUCACCGGCUCGGCCCCCUUCAACCGCUCCAUGCGGGCCCUGGCCAAGACCAAGGGCAUGAGCCUCUCGGAGCACGCCCUCAGCUCGGCUGUGGUGCGAGGCCCCGGGGGCAUCAAGGUGGCGUCUGGCCAUACCCUGCCCACUCCCACCGAGAGGGAUGUCUUCGUUCAGCUGGGGCUGCCUUACCGGGAGCCCUCGGAACGGGACUGGUGACACCCGGUUGUCACCCCGCACCCUGGGCUGCUGUUCGGAGGGUUUCCCCCACGCUGGCUCUGUGUUGACU